AUGGAUACUAUAAGUGAGAACAAGGACGUCCUGUUUCCUCAGGUCUUUUCUCACCUCUCCGAGGUUGAGGCACAGCCUGCCACUGUCGUUCUGGAUGAAGAACUGCUGAGGCGAGCGGAACGAUCGCUUGACGCGUCAACUUCAAGAGACCUCUUAUGGCGACUUCUAGCAACAGGCGAAAGGCUUCUUCAAACGUUGCAACAGGAACCCAGACCUCUUACUCGACUACUAGAACGCACUGUUUCCCUACUUCCCUUCGAUGAACUGAAGAAUACAAUUUCCGCCGAAAAGCUCCAGGAAGGCCUGACCUCCUCUUCCAUAUCUGUACAGCUCUUGUGUCUGGCGUAUCUGCGGAAAGCAGCCGACUCUCCAAGCGGUGCUUCAUUUGUUGCCGCGAGUUCCCCACUAGUUCAAUGCUUGCUGACCACAUGGCUGUCGUCGGAAAACACGGAGGUUGCGGAGCGCUGUCUGGAAGCCAUCGAGGCCCUCCUCGCCGUGGACAGCCAUACCAGCUUUACAGUACUAGCGACAAGGGAAUCUGUGGCAGAGGUGCAGGGGCAAGGCCUCCUGUGGCGACGGAUAUUUACAGAUCCCCAGGUCUAUUCAAUCCUGUUUGAGUGGACGUCCCUCCGGGUUUCAAAGCGGGAUGUCAAGACGAAGAAGGGGAUGCAGCUUGUAACAAUAUCACAGGCUAGACUUUUCGACUGCAUUGCAAGACUGGCGAACUACGAUUGGGCUGCAAUAUCUACUACCACGUUACCUGCGGUUGAAGCGAAAUUCGCGGACGGAGGCGCCGAUGAUCAGCCUUACGGUGGCUUACUACGUUAUGCUGCGUCUCAUAUGAUCGAUCAACGAGAUAUUUUGAUGGAGGUACUCAGACAAGAUUUCUUCAUGAAGCUUCUUGGCGUGAUCCAACAAGGCAACCCUCAGAGUGUCCCUCCACGGAUGUUGGAGGCUCUUCAGCACGAAGCGGGCAUUGAUCCUGCGAAGGUAGACGAAGAGAACGGCAUGCAUCUUUGA